GUACCUCUUCCCCUCUGCAGUCCAAACGACCUGUCUGCAUGAAGGCCCGCAGCGGGGCUGGGCAGCGUUGGAUUGAACACAAAGGGAUGUGCCGUAUCCAGGCCAGUGAAUAAAAUAGACAUAUCAUAAAGCUAUGGCGUCUAUCUACCCAACGGCCUUGCUCGCACUUGCACACGCGCAAGUAUUUCCGCGGUCACAACUCCCCGUCGUAUUUCCUUCUUGCAUCAAAACCUAGGCAACGGCCAGUACUUUGCGACAACCUAGCCUAAAGUUAAUUGCUUUGAACGGCUGUACAACUGCUCGAGCUGUUGCCAUCUUAGCCGGCAUUCGAAGCAAGACAAUUGCAAGCACACUCCACCGCCGCCGCCGCCGCCACCACCACCAUCACUAUCGACACAUCCUCUCCCGAACGUGUAUAGAAAGCUGCUGGCGCCCCAAUUACCACCUCGACCACUCUUCUACCUUGCUACGUUAAUAUAUAGCUGUCUUAGCCAUAUUCCAUGCUCGCCGUCUGUCUGCAAGCGCCACCCUUACCGUCAGAGUGAACCAGGACGACAACCCAAGUGCGACAACAACUCGGCGACAGGCUGCACGAAGAUCGGCAAUACUCCAGACGAGUCUGGUUUUUGUUAAACUGGCUUAAUUAGAAGCCCUUGGUACAGAGGCGAGGCCAAAGACCCAAUUUAUGAAGGGCUGCGGGCCGUUACCACCAUCACUUCGCUUCUUGCCGCUGUGGGCAACUUAAAAACUGACGUGCCUUCCAGGAUUGCGCAGGCCCCCCUGGCACAACAUCCAUCGUCUCCUCGGCUGCAUAAGCUUCUGUCACCAAAUCGUCCAUAAAGUAUGCUACAAGCCUCGAGUUAAGAUCUUAUGCAGAAUCAUUUUCAACUACGUCCUCCAUUUGGCAUGGUACCCUGGCCUCUCGUACCAGCCAUCAUCUAGCGAGCCGUGGUUCUAAGAUUACAGUCUACCAAACCCAGGUAUUGGAUAGAAUAUUAGAAAGGAGACUGAACCCCAAGUGUUUUCUUCUAUUCUAGCCAACUCCAGUUCGUUUUGCCACCCGAGACGAAGCCAGCGGCGCAGUCACCAAAACUUCAAACGCUGCUGCUGGUGCACCCACGCACCCAGUCUUGAAGUCCCCUUUUUAAAGGGAAAAGGAGCAGCGACACUAUAUUAUAAUCGAAUUUUGUUUGGAUUUUAUACUAUUGGAAAGUGGACUAAAUUAAUAUCGUUUUGGCUGCUCGGCCACCACGAUGGAUCGACCUGGAGCGACCGACGACAAUGCGCCGGCGGCAUCGGAGGACCCGAAUUACCAAGAUCCCAAUGCAUGGCAACCUAGACUUCCAUCACUUAAUCGGAUGGUAGCUGGAGUUCCUAUAUUUAACCAGCCGGAUCAGAGCCACGGACAGCAGCGGCAGCCUGAACACCAUCAGUAUCAAGAACAACACCAAUAUCAACAGCAACAACAGCCUCAACAGCCUCAACAGCAGUAUCGCUUUGUACAAAGCCAUCUUAGCUCUGGAGCUCGCUCUACCAAUAUCUAUCAAGAUGGAACGAUGCAACCGCCGCCUCCGGGAUACGCCGUUUUUCAUGGUGUGCAGCAGGACAUGACAGCAUCCCAUCCGCAAUACUCACAGCCAAUGGACAGCCAGAGAAAUAUGCCUCCAUACCAGUCACAGCCCAGAGGUGGUUAUCAUCAUCAGACAGGGCCUCCUAAGGCAGGGCCAUCAUCUGGUAUUCGACAGACUCAUAGCAUGACACCACCACAACAUCCCGCGAGCCCGAUGCGAAUUGGAGCCGACACACCAAAGUCACAGUGGAUGCCCAAUCUGCUUGGUGCACAUCGAGCUUCAGCAUUAGACAGCAUGUCAUUCAGUCUAGUGGUACGGCAGCAGCCCAGGGCAGCAAGAGCUUGUGGCUUUGGCGACCGUGACAGGCGUGUUAUUGACCCACCACCGAUUGUACAGUUGGUUAUCACUGCGCCAGAUCUGGCGGAAGAUGAAAUCCGAACAUAUAUUUGCUUCAGCAGUUAUGUGAUGAACUGCUCUAUCUGGGAUGAGACGGGCACCAAGGAUGCUUCCGCGCUGCCAGAAGAGUACGACCAGCAUCGACGAAGAAUGACGGGCUCUUUAAUAGCAACUCCCUUUGUUGGUAAGGAUGAGACAGGGAAGGAAGGAUGCUUCUUCUGCUUCUCUGAUCUUUCAUGUCGUAUUCCUGGAUCCUUCCGGCUCAAGUUUACAUUGAUUAUGAUUGAGCCCUCGCGCGCUUCCAGUGUGCGCCACUUCCCGAACCUGGCAGAUGUGUUGACGGAUGUUUUUCAUGUCUAUACAGCAAAAGAAUUUCCCGGCAUGAUAGCAAGCAGCGAACUUGCAAAACGACUACGAGAGCAAGGGUGUAUUAUUUCGAUCAAAAAAGGCAAUGAGCGCGGACGGGGCGGUCGAGGACGCGAUGCCGGUUCCGAAGAGGAAGAUGAAUAAAACUUGAGGUACAGUGUACAUCGAGUAUUCGCCAACGUCCAGCUUUAAUUGGAUGUUAUCAAAAGUAGGAUGUGGGUUGGCGAUGUUCCACGUUUACUAGAAAGAUGCGGAGGAUGGCAGUUCCUGAGGGUACGGCCGCCACCAUUGGGUGGAAAUUGUUUUAGCGCUUGAAGGAUAAUGCUGUAUACCCCAGGAGCAAUUAGGAUUGUGCCAUUUUAAUAGCAAAGUUGCGAACUUUUACUCGGAUUCUUGGUUUCAC